AUGAAGUUCUCUUUCGCGCUCGGCGCCCUGCUCUCUGCGGGCGCCGCUCUUGCGGCCCCGGUCCCGGCUCCCGUCGCCGAGCCUAUGCCGAUGCCCACUCCUCCCGGUAUCCCGUCCGCAUCUACGGCCCGCUCGCAGCUCAACGGGCUUACCGUCGGGACGAAUGUCGACGAUGGCGGCUACAACCGCAACCUCUUCCCCACGUGGAUCACUAUCACCGGCACGUGUAACACCCGCGAGUAUGUGCUGAGGCGUGACGGCACCAACGUCCAGGUCGGCUCCGACUGUUACCCCACCAGCGGCAGUUGGACGAGCCCCUACGACGGCGCCACCUGGACGUCACCUUCCGACGUUGACAUCGAUCACAUGGUACCGCUGAAGAACGCCUGGAUUUCCGGGGCGAACAAGUGGACGACGUCCAAGCGCGAGCAAUUCGCCAACGACGUCAGCCGACCGCAGCUUUGGGCGGUGACGGAUAACGUCAACUCGUCCAAGGGCGACAAGUCUCCGGACUCGUGGAAGCCGCCCCUGAGGACCUUCUAUUGCACGUACGCGAGGGCGUGGGUCGGUGUCAAGAGCUACUGGGAACUCUCCGUCACGUCGGCCGAGAAGUCAGCUCUCACCGACAUGCUCAGCACUUGUUAG